AUGUUGGAGAACUACCGUAUUUUCGGUUUGCCAAUACAACAACAAAAAGACAACAUUUAUCUUUCUCAAGAAAAAUACGCCAGGAAUUUAGUUGAGAAAUUUGAGCUAAAGGGUACAACUCCUAUGACAACACCAAUGUCAACUACUGGAAAACUUCAGUUUAGUCCAGGAGAAAAAUCGGUAGACCAAAAACUGUACCGAUCCAUGAUAAGAAGUCUGUUGUACUUGACUGCAACAAGACCGAUAUUGCAUUCAGUGUGGGAUGUUGCCAGGUUUCAUGCAAAUCCUAACAAAUCACAUCUAAAAGUUGUAAAACGAAUCAUAAGAUACGUUAAUGGUACCUUAGAUUAUGAUCUAUCAUAUUCUAUGGAUACGAAUAACAGUCUUCUUGCCUAUUCAGAUGCUGACUGGGCAGGAUGUGUAGAAGUUCGCAAAAUCACAUCUGGUGGUUGUUUCUAUGUUGGUCAAAACUUUGUAGCCUGGCAUAGCAAGAAACAAAACUCACAGUCUCUAUCAACCUGUGAAGCAGAAUAUAUUGUUGUUGGUAUUUGA